GGAUCAUUGUAAAUAAAUAAAUAUUUUGCUAAGUAUGGUUACAAUAGUACCAUCUCGUUUUGCCGGGUUAAAAAUUGAAGAUGACGAUGAUAAUGAAGAGUUUCUACCAAAAAAAUCAAACAAAAACCUAAACUGUAAACAUAAAUUGAAACAACAACAAACUUUGCCGGCAAAUCAAAGUGGAAAAAAUUCCAAUAAGAGCAAAAAAACAAAUCAAUACAAAAAGAAAAGGACUGAUAUGAACGAUGAACAUUGGAAACAGUGGCAAGAAAGGGAUAAAGAGUUUGCUGACACAACGUACGAAAAAGAUUUGGAACAAGCCUUACUUUUGUCAAAGCUUGAUCUUGAGGAGAACUUGUGCACGGAAAAAAGUGAUAUUAUAGAAAAGAAACAUGAGAAAUCAAAAGGAAAAGGAAGAAAAUCACAACGGAUGAAUCUACAUCAAUUUAACCAAAUGUUAGAAAACAAAACUGAGACAAAAGCUCCGUCUUUGGAAAUAAUUCAAGACAAUGCACAAGGGAAUUUCUUUGAAAACAUCAAUGAACAAGCCAGAAAUAUAGUGCGAAAAGAAGAUAUACAAAACAUUGGUCAGACGCAAAAAAAUAAAACUACUUCGACUACAAAACCAGUGUCAACCAAUGAGAUUCUCAUUUCAAAAGAUAUAAAUUUAAAGUCGCCUAAUGAAAUGGAAAAAUUGAGAGAAGAAAAUGCGAAGCUAAGUCAAGAGAUGGAGGCGUUGAAACAAAAGUUGAAAAAUGUCGCAGUAAUUAUAAAACACGCUGAGAUAAAAGAAAAAGUCGAUCUUUUGUUGGAAAUUCAAGAACUGAAAAAGGUUCAAGAACAAAUGUCCAUUGAAAUGUCAAGAUUGUAUAUCGAAUUGGAACAGGAAAAAAGUCGCGCUUCACAAGCAACGCAAUAUCACUCAGAUUACAAUCGACUAGAAAACAAAAGUUUGCGAUCGGCUUUAAAAUCUGUGCGAUUUGAUGAACGAUCUUUUUUUAAGAACUAAUAAUAAAUUCUCUUUAAUCAAAAUUAUAAAAAUAUCCUACCAUCACAUUAGCCUUCUUUGGAGACCUUGGUCAAACCUAAUCUAAGUAACCAUUGAACCAAUAAAAAAAUGUCUUAUGAAGAUAAUAGACAAAUACGACCUUCAGGACAUUAUUUGAAACAUUUAGUUUUUCCAAAUCUAAGAAGAGCUUUUGAGAAAAAGUUUUCAUAUGUGUUCUCUCAAGAUCUUAAUUCAAGACAAAUAAUAAGAGGACUUGAUUUAUUAACACAAGAACUCUCAAAUGUCAAAGAUGAAGAAAAUCAUUUAUUUUUAAAACCUUGUGUGAAACGCAUUUUAAUUCAUACGUAAGAUUGAAUUCAAAUGAAUUUGUUUUUAUUAAACAUACUUUUUGUAUUUCCAAUUAUUAGUCCACGACCUGUGUUUUCCAACUUCACAAAGUUAUCUAAGGAAAAAGCUGCAGUCAGAAUUCAAACUUUUUCAAGAGGUUAUUUGGCUCGAGUUAAUGCAGAUGUAGUUGAAAUGAGAACAUUUUGGAAAGAAAUGUGUUCCGAAAAACAACUGAAAAAGAUGAUGUAGACAUAUUGAUAUGUAUUGUGUAGUUCUGUCCAUUUCGAUGAUUUAAAAAGACACAUUUAGAAAGUGUGCUGCUUAGCUAUUUUUCUUAUUAGCUCCGCACUUACGCUAGAAUUACGGUGAGAAAAUCGCAAUAAAUAGAAU